GAGGGAGGGGGAGGGGAGGGGCAGUCAGACUCGCCACGGAGGAGAAGCGCCGCAGAAGGUCACCCCCCCCCACCCACCACCACCACGGUCUCUCGCUGCAACUUCGUAACCGGGAUUUCUUUCCCCCCCCUCCCCACGGGAAAGAUUGUAAAUCCCGCCCCGUUAGUUUGCUGCGUCUUGCCCUCCGCCAUGUCUCCGCUGGUGCUGGUCUGCGUGUGUCUGCUUCUGGCCGCGGUGCUGUGCGAGCCGGGACCCCUCACCGAUGUCCUCAUUGACAGAUACUUCGUCCCCGCCCAGUACCGGGAGGUGCAGACCGGCGAUUUCAUCCGCUACCAUUACAACGGCACCUUCGCGAACGGAGACCAGUUCGACUCCAGCUAUGACCGGAAAAGCACCUUCAACGUGCUGGUGGGAAAGGGGAGGCUGAUCCCGGGUAUGGACAAGGCCCUCCUGGGAAUGUGCGUGAACGAGAGGCGCCGCAUUGUCAUCCCCCCUCACCUCGGUUACGGCAGCCAAGGAGUUGAGAAAGUCAUCCCCCCGGACUCCACGCUGUACUUCGAUGUCGUCCUCCACGACAUCUGGAACGCCAACGACAAGGUGCGGACGAAGACGACCUACCGGCCGGCCGCCUGCAACCGCGCAGUGCGGAACAGCGACUACGUCCGCUACCACUACAACGGUACCCUGCUGAACGGGACGCUCUUCGAUUCCAGCCACAGUCGUAUGAAGACGUACAACACAUACGUGGGGAUCGGCUGGUUGAUCAAGGGGAUGGAGGAAGGUCUCCUGGGGAUGUGUGUCGGAGAGCGACGGGUCAUCACCAUCCCCCCGUUCCUGGCCUACGGGGAAACCGGAUACGGUGACGAGAUCCCUCCCCAGGCCAGCCUGGUGUUCGAUACCUUACUGCUGGACCUGCACAACCAGAACGACAGCAUCUCGGUGGAGAACCAGGUCGUCCCGGAGCCCUGCACCCGCAAGAUCGAGUCCGGAGACUUCAUUCGCUAUCACUACAAUGCCAGCCUGCUGGACGGGACCCUCUUUGACUCGAGCCACUGGCGGAACCAGACCUACGACACCUAUAUCGGGAUGGGCUACGUGAUCGAAGGGGUUGACCAAGGUCUGAUUGGAACGUGCAUGGGGGAGCGACGGAGAAUUGUCAUCCCACCUCACCUGGCCUACGGAGAGAGCGGAGUCGACGACAAGAUCCCGGCCUCCGCCGUGCUGGUCUUCGACGUGCACGUGGUCGACUUCCACAACCCGAAGGACACGGUGGGGAUCCAGUCCUACUUCAAGCCCGAGGACUGCAACAAGACGUCGCAGCUGACCGACUUCGUGAAGUACCACUACAACGCCUCGCUCAUGGACGGCACGCAGCUCUACACCUCCCGUGACUACGAUACGCCACAGACUCUGACCCUGGGCUCCAGCAAGAUGAUUGGCUUGAACCAAGGGCUUCUGGAAAUGUGCAUCGGAGAGAGGCGAAUUUUGACGAUCCCGCCACACCUCGGGCACGGCGAGUCAGGAGCUGGAGACGUACCUGGGAGUGCAGUGCUGCUCUUUGACAUCGAACUGCUGGAGCUGAAGGCCGGCGUUCCAGACGGUUACCUCUUCGUCUGGAACGGAGACGCCCCGGAGAAGCUUCACGAGGAGUUCGACCUCAACAGGGACGGGGAGAUCUUGUUCGAGGAGGUGAGGCGCUGUCACCGUGUCGCCCCGUAACCACCCCUCCCCCCC